AUGCUGCUCCCUCUGUUGUUCUCCCUCCUGGUGUCGUCUGUUGCUGCCACAGAGGAAGACGGCGCCCUGCCCAGGCUGACUGACACCAAAGCUGCCGAGGCCUUCAUCGACUCCGCUGAGGUGGUGGUCAUCGGAUUCCUGGAGGGAGAGGAGAGUCAUGGAUAUCAGGAGCUCGUUGCAGCUGCCAAGAAAGUCGACUCAGUCCCCGUGGCCAUUUGCCCUGAGAAAGAGGUGUGGGCUGGCUACAGCAUCUCCUCAGACACCAUCACCCUGUUCAGAAAGGCCGACAACCUGCAGGAGAACCUCGUUCUCACCGAAGCCAAGAAGUUAGAAGUCGACGGUCUCGUGAACUUCAUCGCCACCAACGAGGUCCGAUACAUCACAGAGUACAACCAAAUGACGGCAGUGGGCCUGUUCCACUCGACGGUGAAGUCACACCUCCUGCUCUUUGCUAACAGAGGGACAAAAGAAUACACAAAGCUCAGGAAGCGACUGGCAGCUCUGGCCCCAGAGUUCACAGGAAAGUUCUUGUUUGUGCUGAUUGAUGGAGCAGUGAAGUCCAACUCCCGGUCACUGGGCUUCUUCGGCCUCAAGUCGAACGACCUCCCACGAGUUGGGAUCUAUGAUAGUGACUCUGACGGGAAGUGGCUCCUACCUGAGGGAGAGAUUUCCACCGAGCGAGUACGGGACUUCUGCCAGUCCUUCCUGCAGGGGGAUCUGAAGGAGGAGAAGCAGGCAGGAGCAGAAGCCAAAACAGAGCUGUAG